UUACGAAUUUUCGGAAAUAUCCGAAAUUUUGGGGUGAAAAAAUCGGAAAUACUUUCUAUAUCGAAGCGCCAGCGCCCCCUACUUUAGAAACGAGAAUUGAAACAUUUUUUUCAUUGAUCGGACAUGCCUAAUAUCUAUGAUAUUGUGGGGCGGACACGCAUUUUAGAAACAUUUAGAAUCAUUACGAAUUUUCGGAAAUAUCCGAAAUUUUUGGGUGAAAAAAAAUCGGAAAUACUUUCUAUAUCGAAGCGCCAGCGCCCCCUACUUUAGAAACGAGAAUUGAAACAUUUUUUUCAUUGAUCGGACAUGCCAUAUAUAUAUAUAAUUCCGUGUUCAGACGCUACCAGGAGGACUCCACUUGUCGGCUUCUCUUCCCUUUUGCUCGUUUAUUUUUCUGUCUUCCAGACAAUAACAAUCGUCUUCCGAAUUGAUUCUUCUCUUAGACGCAUCGGUUUCAUCUCUGCCUCCGAAUCCAUUCCGGGAGGAUCCGCUUUGCAAAGGACUUGGACCAGAAGAUAGAGGAUGUCGAGGGACCUUCUUCCGGUGCUGGAGACGGACGACGGGACCAUCAGUCGGGCCGAGGGGCCUUCGGAGGAGGGCGAGGGGGGUCCCGGCCCCUUGGAGACCCCCUUCCAGAAGGAGGCCCCUCCGUCCCCACGGAUCAGGGUCAACCUCAACUACCGCGAUGGGCUCCCCAGCCCGAAGGAGCCCGGGCGCUUCGACCGCGAGCGUCUUUUCUCCGCCGUGGUGAAGGGAAAUCCCGAAGAGCUGGACGGCCUGAAGGAAUACCUGCAGAGGACCUCCAAGUUCCUCACCAACUCGGAAUACCGGGACGGCAAGACGGGCAAGACCUGCCUGAUGAAGGCCCUGCUGAACCUGCGGAACGGGGACAACCCCACCAUCCCGUUGCUGCUAAAAAUCGACCGGGAGAUGCAGAACCCGCGCCCGCUGAUCAACACCGCCUGCACCGACAACUACUACAAAGGCCACACGCCGCUCCACAUCGCCAUCGAGAAGCGGAGCCUGGCCUUGGUCCAGCUGCUGGUGGAGAACGGGGCCGACGUCCACGCCAAAGCCUGCGGCCAGUUCUUCCACCGGAAGGAGAAGGGCGCCUGCUUCUACUUCGGUGAGCUUCCCCUCUCCUUGGCGGCCUGCACCAACCAGCUGGACGUGAUCCGCUUCCUCCUCCACCACGGGCACCAAGAGGCCCAACUGACCGCUCAGGACUCUCUGGGCAACACGGUCCUCCACGCCUUGGUGAUGGUGGCCGACGACACGGAGCGCAACACGGAGAUGGUGGUCCGGAUGUACGACGCCCUCCUUCGGGAAGGAGCCCGGGCCGACCCUUCCCUGCGGCUGGAGGAAGUGGUCAACCUGGAAGGGAUGACCCCUCUCAAGAUGGCCGUCAAGACCGGGAAGGUGGAGAUCUUCAAGCACAUCAUCCAACGGGAAGUCACGGAUCCCGAGUUCCGGCACCUUUCGCGCAAGUUCACCGAAUGGACCUACGGGCCGGUUCAGGUCUCGCUCUACGACUUGUCUUCCAUCGACAGCUUCGAGAAAAACUCCGUGCUGGAAAUCCUCGCCUACAGCAGCGAUACACCGAACCGGUACAAGAUGGUGGUCCUGGAGCCGGUGAACAAGCUCCUGCAGCACAAAUGGGAUUCCUUUGCCGCCUGGCGCUUCUACAUCAGCUUCUUCUCUUACACGGUGUUCAUGGCGGUCUUCUCGGCCAUCGCUUACCACCGCCCGCUGGAAGGGAAGCCCCCGUUUCCGGUGACACCAAGGGCCGGGGAUAUUUGGUGGCUCCUCGGACAACUGCUCGUCCUCUUUGGAGGCAUCUACCUCUUCUUGGCUCAGAGUCUUUACUUGUGGAGGAGACGGCGGUUGUGGAAAAGCCUUCUGAUGGACGGCUGUAUUGACAUAUUUUUGUUUCUGCAAUCGCUGGCCUUGCUCCUUUCGGCCAUUACGUACCUCUCCGGGUUGGAGGAAUACGUCCCGUUGAUGGUGUUCUCUCUGCUGCUGGGCUGGGUCAACAUGUUGUAUUACACGCGUGGUUUCCAGCAGACGGGGAUCUACAUCGUCAUGAUACAGAAGGCCAUCCUCAGGGAUCUCCUCCACUUCCUGAUGGUCUAUGUCAUCUUCCUUUUCGGCUUCGCCACAGCCCUCGUCAUCCUCACCGGGACGGCUCCCCAUGGAGCAGCCCCAAACGCGUCGCUCGUCCCGGCCGGCGGUGACGACGGAGACAAAGUUCGCUACACCGGGCUGCUCACGACGUCCUUGGAGCUCUUCAAGUUCACCAUCGGGAUGGGCGAGCUGGAGUUCCACGAGAACGUCCGCUUCAAGUACCUGGUGAUGCUGCUGCUGCUCCUCUUCGUGGUCCUGACCUACAUCCUCCUGCUCAACAUGCUCAUCGCACUCAUGAGCGAGACCGUCACCAACGUCUCCGGCUUCAGCCAAAGCGUCUGGAAGCUCCAGAGAGCGAUCGCCAUUCUGGAGAUCGAGAAGAACUGGUUCUGGUUCUGGAAGAAGGCGCCGAGAGCCGGGUGUUUCGUCGCCGUCGGCUCGGACGGGAAGAAAGACCGGCGGUGGUGUUUCCGGGUCGAGGAGCUGAACUGGGCGGACUGGAAGAAAGAGUUGGGCGUCCUGAAAGAAGACCCGGCGGAUUCUGGGUUUUCGAGUGAAAAAAAGGACAGCGUUUGGAGCUGGAUGUCGUCCCUGACCGAGACGCGGCACGCGACGUCCGAGGAGGAAGACGGAAACGAGGAAAUCCCGUUGCACGAGAUCAGUCAUUGAGAGAGCAAUACCAUAUCUAGACGACUUACUUAUGGUUUCCUCUCAAUCAAUCAAUGAUCCAACCGCAACAAGAAGGAAAAUCACUAUCGUUAUAUUGGCAGAAUCUCCUACGAAUAAAACAAAACAAUCACCAC